GAUUCUGAUUCCUGGCGCAGGUAUAAAUGACAGCUUCUAUGGCCAUUUCACUUUUAGUCUUGAGUUGUCCACGCAAGCGCAAUGAACCACUUAGUGCUGCUGCUGCUGCCGCUGCUGGCUGCAGCGAAUACCAUCAAAGAGCGCAACUUGUUUGCCACCGAACUGUUCCAGACCUUGGCCACCGAUCGCCAGGAUGAGAAUGUCGUAAUCUCGCCCGUGUCCAUCCAGCUGGCUCUGGGCCUGGCCUACUACGGCGCCGAGGGCCGCACUGCAGCGGAGCUGCAGCGCACGCUGCACGUCUCCGCCAAGGAGAGCAAAGAUGGCCUCGCCGAGAGCUACCAUCGCCUGCUGCACUCGUACAUCAAGUCCAAGACGGUGCUGGAGAUCGCCAACAAAGUUUACACACGCGAGAAGCUGAAGGUGACUCCACACUUCCGUGAGGUAGCCGAGAAGUAUUUCGACUCUGGUGUUGAGGGUCUGAAUUUCGACAACGAAGACGAGGCACUGAAGCGCAUCAAUGAUUGGGUCAAGGAGAAGACUCAAGGCAAGAUUGAGCAUGUCGUGGAGGCACUGGAGCCGGACACCAAUGUGGCACUGAUCAAUGCCAUUUACUUCAAGGCACGCUGGGCGCGUCCUUUCAACGACGAGGACACCAAGGAUCGCGCCUUCUGGCUGAGCGAGGAGCGCUCCAUUCAGGUGCCCACCAUGUUUGCCGACAACUGGUAUUACUAUGCCGACUAUCCCGAGCUCGACGCCAAGGCGAUUGAAUUGUUCUUCGAGAACAUCAAUAUGACCAUGUGGUUCAUAUUGCCCAACAAGCGCACGGGUCUGCAACAGCUGGAGCAGCAGCUGAAGGGCGUCGACUUUAAGCUGCUCGAGGAUCGCUGGCAAUGGCAGAGUGUCUCUGUCUACUUGCCCAAGUUCAAGUUUGAGUUUGACACCGACCUGAAGCCCACUCUGUUCAAGAUGGGCAUCAAAGCCAUGUUCUCGGAUGCGGCCGACUUUAGCAACAUCUUCGAUGAGUCGCCCAUUGGCACCCGCAUCACCCAGGUGCAGCACAAGACUUUCAUCGAUGUCAAUGAGAUCGGCUGCGAGGCUGCUGGAGUUAGCUAUGCUGCUGGUGUGCCCAUGUCCUUGCCGCUGGAUCCCAAGACCUUUGUGGCCGAUCAUCCAUUUGUGUUCCUCAUACGCGAUCAGCACGCGGUUUACUUCACCGGACACAUUGUCAAAUUCUAAAGUCGUUUUAUAAGACAUUUUUCAAGCAAUAUUAUUUUAUGUCAUUUCAUUAUUUAAGCAUUCAUCAUCUUGAAUAAAUUUCACAGUCGGUUUCA